AUGAAGCUCAUUGUAGCUGGUGCAACCGGACUCCUGGGCACCGAGAUCGUGAGACAAAGCUUGCAAAUGCGCGACAUCACUCGGGUGGUUGCUUUGGCUCGCAGGCCCCUGCAGCUCGACGAAGGUAUCGACACAUCAAAGCUGAGGAGCGUUGACAUUCACGACUAUGGUGAAUACCCUGAUAUUGUGAAGGCCGAGCUUGCUGGAGCCGAAGCUUGUAUUUGGACUGUUGCUGUCACACCAUUCCGCACUGGUGGCUUUGACUUUGCUGAAGUUAAGCGUGUCUGCCAGGACUGCACGAAACUUGGGUUUGAGGCGAUGUACAAGGCUGGACCGGCGCGUCCCUUUCGUUUCAUGUACCUGAGUGCGCAGGGAACACCUCGAGACCCAACAGAGAGGCCAAUAAUCAUGGCCGACUACCAGGUCAUGCGGUGCAAUACAGAACUCAUGGUCCUUAAAUUUCCUGCUGAGAAAGAGGACGUCGAGGUCUGCAUUGCUCAGCCUGGUGCGAUUGCAAACUCCACCACUUGGUCGCGAGCUUUAGUGGCGAACCUUUUCCGUAUCCUAAACCUUUUCGGACGGCCCCUUGCGAACGUACAACGGAGUGAGCUUGCAGCAGCAGUGCUGAACCAGGUCAUGGAUGGGUUUGAGAAGGAAACUCUCUUGAACUCCGAUCUCGUUCGAAUUGGACGAAGAGAGCUGAAGUUUCGCAGUAUGCCCCAAGUUUGA